AUGAUGGCCCUCCUCUCCAACCAGCGGGCCGCCGGCCUCGUUGGCCUCACGCUCUUUAUCUUCCUGCUGCUUGGUUACACCACCUACAACUCGGGCUCCGCCGACACCGUGCCCUUCAACUACUCGCCCGGCAAGACCAGCUCCGGCGCCGGCGCUCCCACCCUCUCGCAGCCCGGCCCCGCCGACGGCUGGGAAUUCGAGGCGAAGCGCGAUGCGAAGAACUUCGGCCUCUCGCCCGAGCAAUGCGAUGCCGCCUUCCCCAAGCUGUGGGCUGAAAUCGACCGCGCCGUCGCCCACCGCAAGAAAGUCGGCAACAUCACCCCCGACGAGGUUAAGAUCGGCUGGAAGAUCGAUGGCAUCGUCCGUGCCAUGAUCUAUGACCGCCAGCUCUUCAUUCUCAACGCUCGUGGUGCCCGUCGCCGGGACUACCGCCAGCGUACCCUCGCCGUUCUCCAGUCCAUCCAACGCGCCAUCACCGCCUACCCCGGAGACAUUCCCAACAUUGAGUUUUCCUUCGUUGUCGAUGACGGUGCCUACUUCGCCGUCUACAACAAUGAAACGUCAGCAACUACGUGGGCACUGACUCGCGAGCCUCAAGACAACAACUUGUGGCUGAUGCCCGACUUUGGUUUCUACAGCUGGGAAGGCCCGGCUGGCGAAUACAGCGCUCUGCUCAGAUCCAUUGCGCGCGACGAGAUGCCCUUCGAGCAGAAGGACCCCCGUGCCAUCUGGAGAGGUGCCAAGGCUCCUGCCGGCCACGUCCAGGUCCGCUCCGACUUGCUCAAGGUUUCCAAGGGCAAGGAAUGGGCCGACAUCGAGGAGAUUGUGUGGGGUGGCGAAGGCGAGCCCAAGAACCUCAUUCCCAUGUCGAAGCAUUGCAAGUACAUGUUCCCGGUCCACACCGAGGGCCACACGUACUCCGGCCGCCUCAAGUACCUGCUCAACUGCCACUCGCUUACCGUCAUCCACAAGCUCCACUGGGUUGAGAACUUCCACAACGCUCUGGUUCCGUCUGGUCCGGAUCAGAACUUCAUCCAGGUUGAGCGUGAUUUCUCCGAUAUGCACUGGAAGAUGGAAUACUACCUGCAGCACCAGGACGAGGCCAAGCGUAUCGCUGACAACAACAUCAAGGAUUUCCGUGAUCGUUAUUUGACCCCGGCUGCCCAGGCUUGCUACUGGCGUAAGCUCUUCUGGGCUUGGCGGGAGGUGUCUUUCGAGCCCGAUUACUACAUGUCCGACGAGGAGCUGAAAUUGCAGACCGAAGCCGAAAAGAAGAAACAGAAGGAGAAGGAGAAGGUCGAUGUCAAGCUCGACGAGGACAAAUCUUCAAAGGACAAGGCGAAGGGCAAGAAACCAACCAAGAACCCCGAUGACGACAAGAGGUCGACCUCGGAGAAGACGGAGAAGACGGAGAAGACGGAGAAGACGGAGAAGAAGUUGGUGCCCCGUGGAAUGCCCUACGAGACAUACCUCCUUCUCGAGUCGUAUGAGGAUAGUCCGUGGUACAACAGCUAA